UGUGGAGCUGCAGUGCGGACAAACGGGCUGGUGCAGCAGAACCUGACCCGGCUCAGCCUGGUCGCCCCCGGUCCCGGUCCAGCUGCAGGUGGAUCAGACCACCCGGACCCUGGACUGUGCAGGCUUUUAAUGAGCGAGACUGCUGCACUUUGGAAACCAGAACAGAACCGAAUGGGGGCUCGGGUCUGAGACUGGACUUUAGCGGACGGUUCGUUUGUGGACCACAUUCCAGAUGAAGAUUCCCAAAAGGCGGAAAAGGAGGUGCGCCAGAUAAAUGGCUCUUUCAAGCUGGGAGCUGCUCGCGUUCUGUCUGGCUGGCAGAUGCAGUGCCUAGGCCCCGCCCACCAGGACAACGCCAACAUGAACGGGACGACUGAGCAGGCCGACAUCCUGCCGCCUAACUGCAUGGUCAAAGACCGCUGGAAAGUGCUGAAGAAGAUCGGCGGCGGCGGCUUCGGUGAAAUCUACGAGGCUUUGGACCUGCUGACUCGGGAGAACGUGGCGCUGAAGGUGGAGUCGGCCCAGCAGCCCAAACAGGUUCUGAAGAUGGAGGUGGCUGUGCUGAAGAAGCUGCAGGGUAAGAACCACGUGUGCAAGUUCAUCGGCUGCGGCAGAAAUGACAAAUUCAACUACGUGGUCAUGCAGCUUCAGGGGCGCAACCUGGCAGACCUGAGGCGCAGUCAGCCCCGAGGAACCUUCACCAUGAGCACCACCCUCAGACUGGGCAAGCAGAUCCUGGAGUCCAUCGAAGCCAUCCACUCUGUGGGCUUCCUGCACCGCGACAUCAAACCUUCCAACUUUGCAAUGGGCAGACUGCCCUCCACAUACAGGAAGUGCUACAUGCUGGACUUCGGUCUGGCCCGACAGUACACCAACACCACGGGCGAGGUCCGGCCGCCGAGGACGGUGGCGGGCUUCAGAGGGACGGUGCGUUACGCCUCCGUCAACGCUCACAAGAACAAGGAGAUGGGUCGCCAUGACGACCUGUGGUCACUCUUCUACAUGCUGGUGGAGUUUGCUGUUGGACAGUUGCCAUGGCGAAAGAUCAAAGACAAGGAACAAGUGGGUCAGAUCAAAGAGCGUUACGACCAUCGCAUGUUGCUCAAACACAUGCCGUCUGAGUUCAACGUGUUCCUGGACCACGUCCUGGCGCUGGACUACUACACCAAACCGGACUACCAGUUGCUGAUGUCAGUGUUCGAGACCAGCAUGAAGGAGCGAAUCAUCACGGAGAACGAGCCUUUCGACUGGGAGAAGGCAGGAAGUGACGUCACCGUGUCCACCAGCGCCUCCACUCAACCGCAGCACAACACACGGCCCACUGCCGCCAUGGUCGGCGCCAUCGUGACGCCGGUCCCUGGAGACCCCCAGCGGGAGAACACGGACGACGUCCUACAGGACGAGCACCUCAGCGACCAGGAGAAUGCCCCGCCGGUGCCAACCGGCCGCACUCCCGCGGAGUCAGGCGUCCAACAUGGCGGUGAAGCCGGCGAGGCCUGGGAGGACACCGACUUCAACCGCAACAGACUCAGGAUCAGCCUGAACAAGGAGGAAGAGGCAGGCCGCAUCGCUUGUCCCGUGUCGCCACUUCGUAGCGGGGCACCUGACUCGCCCACAGGUCAGGCGCGGUCCUUGCGGUACCGGCGAAUCAACAGUCCCGAGUCUGACCGCCUGUCAGCUGCCGAAGGCCGCGGCGACGCCUACGGACAGAGGUCCAGGAUGGACAUGCUGGGUUCGCCGUCUCGUCACGUCUACUCCUCUCAGCCGGCGCAGAUGCUGUCGGUGGACCCCGGUUGCCGUGGCGACCGCCAGGCGAGCGGCAGGCAGGAAGUGUCGGCGGCAUCGGCGGACCAGGAGGCGCACAGCAAUGCUUUCAUCCGCUCCGUGCCGCUGGCCGAGGAGGAGGACUUCGACAGCAAAGAGUGGGUGAUCAUCGACAAGGAGGCGGAGCUACGAGACUUCCAACCAACCACCUCGGGAACCACCGACGAGGAGCCCGAGGAGCUCCGCCCCCUGGAGGAGCAAGAGGAGCGCAGGAAGCUCCGAGCCGCAGGCGGCGAGUUGGUGGUCCGCCCCAAGGUGCACAUCAGGGAGGAGGAGGCGUCAAGGCGCAGCGGAGGAAGCCCCGCCCACUCUCCGUGUCACUCUUUGCCCUCAGGACGCCCCCGCCGCAGAGAGUCUGAGCCUCUUGGACCUCAGAGAGUGGUGACGUCGCCCCCCGAGCUGAGGCCGCCCUCGCCGGACUACCGCACCAAAGCCCAGAGCGACGAGCGGGAGCACGUCCACAUCCUGCCCAAGCUGCAUGCCAAGCGGGCCGACUUCUUGACCGUAAUGCUGACGGGGACUUUGCCUCAACGCCGCAGUUUCGCCGCGCACGAGGACGACGUCCCAGAAACCCCCGGACCCAAAGACGACGACGUGACCAAAAGUGAGUCGGAGGCUAGUCCCAAGAGUUCCGAACGGAGCCAGGACGCUGCUCCCUCCACGCUCAUGGCUGAGGACCAGAGGGAGUCCAGGGGACACGCCUCGGCCGCAGAUGCCGACCCAGACCUGGAGGACGCGUCCAAGACCCUGGUCCUCUUCUCGCCUGGUGACACUCGAAAAUCCCCCUCUGGUGGAGAACAGGGUGACUUGGCAACGCCCUGUGGCCCAACCUCCCGCCUUCUUUUUGGAGACAACGUCCACGUGGAAACCUCAGAGACAGGCCGGCUGUCUCCGGCUCUCAGAGCGGAGAUGAGGUCCUCUCCCCCCAUUGCACCCGCUUCACCCCCGUUCACCAAAGUCGAGCGCACAUUUGUCCACAUCGCAGAGACGUCCCACCUGAACGUCAUGUCUUCCAACGGUCACACUAAUCGGGAGACUGAGCGAGAUGUCCCGGAGGGAGACACCCAAGGACCAGGAUGGGUGCCUGAUACACACCAGCCUCCCCUCCAAACUGACACCAGUACUGCUGUCCUUUCUCCGUCUUUGGAGCCGGUCCCAGAAGCCAUUUCACCAGAGCCUCCAGAACAGAAACCAGCAUGGUCCAACGAGGAGUCCUCCAAGGUUCACCAGACUGACUCUGAACCUUCAGCAACAAUCAAGUCAAGAUUGAAGAGCAGAAUUCCUGUGCUCAUCUCAGAAGAAGACUUGGAGCAUUCGUCUGCCGUCCCUGCUCGGGUUCGCCUUCAGCGACAAACCAGACAGCUGGAUUUGGCCCGCGUCUUAGUUCAGAGGCAGCAGGGUCGCUGGAUAAGGAGGGGAAUCUUAUCCGGGACCUCAUCUUCAUUGUCCUCUGGAGAUGACGAGCGUCGCAGGGCCUCAGAAACUCUGUCCACUGCCGGCUCAGAGGAGGACACGCACACUUCGGACGAGUUCAGGAGGAGCUCAAGUCUCAAACAAGCAGAGGAACAGGACUUUGCUGGGUCCAAAAGCCGGAUCCCAAGGCCCGUUACGCCUGUCAAAAGACCUCCAGGGAAGCUUGUCGCAGUUCCCUCUCCGCUUGCCUCGUCAGAGACAUCUGAAACAAAGGGAGCACCAUCAGUGUCCUCAAGUUGCAGGAACCACAAGACAAGACCCAGCUCUCUCAGCGCGCAACGCAAGUCCACACCUGUGGCAUCCAGAUCCUCAUCCUCAUAUCCCCGUCCGGCCGGUGUCCCUGUCCAGUCCGGCAGCCCUCGGAUGCCCCUCCGUGUCUUGUUUGGAACCCGUCGCAGCCUUAGCUCCACCCACUGCAGGACGGACAGUCCAUCGCCCCAGAGGGCAGGUCCGUCCAGACCGUUGCUCUCUGUCCGUGCCCCAACAGCCCCCUUGCUUCCGCCUAGGAACACCACGGCUAUGCGGCGCAGUGCCUCACAGGAAGCGGCUGCACAGUCGCCAUUAGGUCCUGCCUCCACCACCAGGUCUCGGUCCAAGGCAGCCGGUGCGGCCAAAGGAAAGCCAAUCAGCAGGGAGAAGGUGGCGCCCGCUAGAUAAUACAAAGACACUCCGUCGCAAGCUCUACUUCAGUUAUUUACCACUUCCUGAACCUUUUUCUUUGGUGGUCUGACCCCAGAGUGUGGGGGUCUGACGCCAGAGUGUGGGGGUCUGACCCCUGCUUGGAUCAAGCUGCAUGGACCUCCAUCAAGAAGAUAGACCGUGUUCUUACUGAGCAUGCUUCAAUCAUCCGCGUCUUUUCUUACGCAUGACACAAACAGGGUCGGCUGCAUCAGUAAAGUCUCGGUCAUGUGACCUCGCCUCCUGUCUUUCUUGCUUUCAUCGUCGUCACGUGACCUGUUAGUGGAGGCGGAGCUUAGUGGCUGUUGUUUAAAGAAGCAUCAGGCUAUCAAUUUCAUCAAUCUUUCUGUCGAUCGAUCGGUGUGCCAACGGUUCUCAGCCUUUAUGUCGCUCGUGCUAUUGAUCGUUGUUCUGUCAAUCGUACGAUCAAUCGCUCUGUUGAUCAUGCUAUCAAUCUUCCUGUCAAUUGUUCUAUCGAUCGGUUCUAUCAGCCUUUAUAUCGAUUGUGCGAUCAAUCGAGCUAUUGAUUGUUCAAUCGAUCUUUCUGUCGACCGUGCGAUCUAUCGUUCUGUCAAUCGAGCUAUGGACCGUAUGAUCAAUCAUUUCGUCAUUCCUGCUACUGAUCCUGCGAUCGAUUAGUCGCUCGGUCGCGCUAUCGAUGAUCGAUUGUUCCAUUGGUCUGUUCUCCUCUGUGCGAUCUAUCGUUCUGUCAAUCGAGCUAUGGACCGUAUGAUCGAUCAUUCCGUCAUUCUUGCUA